GACACGUCAUUGAUUGAACUUUCACGCAUGAAGCUUAAACCCUUGUUAACCGCUUCAGUAUUUCACUGGCACUCGGUGAUUGUUCAGGGUGCUUCACUGGAGACAGCUGAUGAUUGUCGGUGAAACUCAUCCUUCAAAAUAGAUCCUCAGUACCUGGACCGAACGGAAGCUAACACCAUCCUUACCUCGGAUAUCCGGCGGUACCCCGUUCUCCCACGAUGGACUUUUCCUUCUCUUCGACCUAUCAUCGCUUGCGACUCGAAAGCAUACGAUACGCCGCACCGCGAUGUCGGAGUUUACGAUGAAGUAUGAACAGAAGAAUAUGCCCUUUCGGAGACUUGGGUCCUCUGGAUUGCGUGUGCCCGUGUUCUCCAUUGGAGGAUGGUUGACCAUUGGCGGUACCGUGAAUGGAGACCCCGUCAAGGAUAUUAUCAAGACGGCUUUCGAGAAUGGGAUUAAUAUGUUCGACGAAGCGGAAGGCUAUGCGUCUGGCAAUUCUGAGAAGGAGCUCGGUCGAGUUAUCAAAGAGUUAGGCCUCCAUCGCACAGAUAUCAUCGUCACCACAAAGCUAUUUUGGGGACCUGGACAGGGUCCCAAUGACACGGGUUUAUCUCGCAAACAUAUCAUCGAGGGUGCGCGGGGUUCUUUGAAGAGGCUACAGAUGGACUACGUCGACGUCAUUUUUGCCCACCGUCCGGACCAUACCACUCCCAUGGUCGAAACGGUUCGCGCCUUCGACUGGUUAAUCAACCAGGGACUCGCGUUCUAUUGGGCCACUUCCGAAUGGUCGGCUCGUGAAAUCGAAGAAGCUCAUCAUGUCGCCGAUCAGUAUGGACUCCACGCACCAGUUGCAGAGCAAUGCCAACACCAUUUACUAAGUCGGGAGCGAGCUGAGGGCGAAUACGCGCCGCUGUAUAAGAGAUACAACAUGGGAACAACUGUCUUCUCCGCGUUGGCUAGCGGAAUGUUGACGGGCAAGUACAAUAAUGGUAUUCCAGAAGGCUCUCGCUACAAAACCAAUAAGGAUGAUGACAACUACAAGGGAAAGGAGCUGUAUCUCAAGUCUCCAGAGGGCCAGCGCGAGAUUCAAAUCGUCAAGGACCUCACCGUGAUCGCUGAAACAGAUCUUGGGUGCACAGUAGGACAACUUGCUUUGGCUUGGGUCGCCCGAAACCCAAAUACCAGUACUGUUAUCCUCGGCGCCACAAGCCCUGCGCAGGUUCUUGACAAUCUUAAGGCGAUAGACGUUAUUCCAAAGUUGACUCCCGAGAUUUUGGAGAAGAUAGAAAACAUCGUCCAAAACAAACCUAAACCACCUCCCACGUUUGGAAGGCCACCUCUGGAUCCGAUGGGAAGGCAGUAAUUGGGGAGCAUUACUGACCAAACGUCCGGUUUCCUUGGUGUUGUAUCAUAACGCCACGACCUCCAGGAAAAUAUCAGUGUAGCCGGUAGUCGUACAACUCG